AUGGGUAGGUGUCUGUCCAAAGAACGGCCGAGAGAUGAAGGACUGCCCGCGGAUGGACUUUUGGUGGAUCCGAGGGGCCAUAAUCAGGCCGUCAUGAAUGUUUACAGAGGAUCCUCCCUACAGAGGCAUGGUUCCAUGGGAGUUGCGUCACCCUCCAUGUAUCAUGUCAACUCCUCCAACAGUUAUUUUGGGCAGGCACCAAUGGGAAUUAAUUACAAUAAAAAUUACGGUAAUAUUAAAAUAACAUUUUUGACAUGACUUUCAAUUUAGGGGUUCAACAACGAAUACAGGCAAUGCAUGAUUAUGAUCGGAGUGUUGAAGGUGACGUUAGCUUCAGGAAAGGCGAUGUUAUGAUAUUACUUGAUGAUAGGUAAGACUGUUGAGUUAUACGUUAAUAUAUUUAGUAACAACGACUGGUGGUAUGUCCAUCAUCCCCAGAAUGGACCUGGCUAUGCUCCUCGUAACUUUGUAGCCAGAUUAGAAUCUCUGGAAUGCGAGGAAUGGUUUGCUGGAAGAAUACAAAGGAGUCUGGCUGAGAAGUUAGUCACGGCCCAAAACAUGCCCCGGGGCACUUUUCUGGUUAGGAAGCGUGAUUCUGGGAAUGAGUAUGCUUUGACCAUCAAUGACAGUCGAGAGGAUCGAGUUGAAGUCAAACAUUAUAAAAUACGCCCGUUUGAUGGCACUGGUUAUUAUAUCACUACAAGAAAGGUGUUCCCCACAAUUAGAGAUCUCGUUCAAUAUUAUACCGGUGAGUUUGCAAUAACUUCUAAAAGGGUUUGAAUAUUUAUUUUUAGCUGAAAAUGGCGGACUUUGUCAUCAACUGACAUAUCCCGCCCCUAAAAUGGCCCCAGUACGCCCAGAUCUCAGUUCAGAUACUCAAAAGAACUGGGAAAUCCCUCGGGAGGAACUACAACUCAUAUCCAAAUUGGGCGAUGGAAACUUUGGAGAGGUUUGGUACGGUAAAUGGCGAUCCGUUGUGGAGGUCGCUAUUAAAACAAUGAAGCCGGGAACGAUGAGUGCUGAAGGUUUCUUAGCGUAAGUUUGCUUCUUAUGACUGAUAAAAAGUGGUCGUGUUUAUUUUCCAGAGCUGGAAGAUUUAACGUCUUAUACUUUUAGCGAAGCCCAGAUUAUGAAACAAUGCAAUCACCCCAAAUUGGUCAAAUUAUAUGCUGUGUGCACAGAAAAGGACCCCUACUACAUAAUCACCGAAUAUAUGGUGAAUGGAUCUCUGCUUUCGUAUCUCAGAAGUCCUAACAACACUUCAUUAUCUAUUCAAGCCUUGGUGGACAUGUGUUCUCAAAUCGCCAGUGGCAUGAUGUAUUUGGAGAGCAGAAAGCUUGUCCAUCGUGAUCUGGCUGCUCGGAAUGUUUUGGUCGGGGAGAAGAUCUCUGGGGUACCCGAGGUAAAGGUCGCCGACUUUGGGUUGGCCAGAAAGUUGAUGAAUGAAAACAUAUACGAGGCUCAAGCUGGCGGCAAGUUUCCCAUAAAAUGGACGGCCCCCGAGGCAGCGACACACGGAAACUUUACCGUGAAGUCAGAUGUCUGGAGCUACGGUAUUUUAUUGUACGAGAUCUUCACGAGAGGUCACGUCCCUUACCCAGGUUGGUCUUUUGAAUACUUUAUUCGGCAUUUCCUUACAAUCCACUUAUUUCUUUUGUAGGAAUGGCAAACAAAGAAGUAAUCGAGCAAGUGGAGCACGGAUAUCGAAUGGGUCGUCCCCAAAAUUGUCCUAUUCCAAUAUACGAAGAAAUGCUCAAAUGUUGGGACAAGAAUUCCGAGAAGAGACCCAGCUUCGAGUACCUGUAUUCCUUCUUCGACGACUACUUUGUCAGUUGCCAGCCCAAUUAUGUGCCUCCAUCCGUUGAUGACAGUAACCGAUAA